CCUUCUUUCUGAUUCAGUUCAGCUGACACCAGAUCAAAGCUUUCACAGAGACAUACACACAGUCUCGCUCUGCAACUACCAUGUCUCCGGAGACUGCUCCUCCUCUCAUUGCCGCCCAGCUCAACUACCUCCUUAGUCACUUCCCUCUCGUCGUUAAGAUUGAGAAUAAGUGGUCUGGCAGCAAAUACUGCCCCGGAAUUCUUGACCGCUUCACCUUAGUCAUUUCCUACUGUCUAGACGUUAUCAAAUGGGAUAUUAUAUUUGAUGCAGAGUCUCCAAUGGCUGCACCGGAUGUUAUAUUUGGACCUGAUGAUGAAAAUUUUCAGCAGUUUCUUGUAUUGCGUGGUGAAGAAGAAGGGGACACAAAGUCUCCUAAGAACUUUUUGAAUGAUUGGAACAGCAGAGACCCUACACAGCUAAUGCUUCUCAUUCAAGAACUGAGGGAUCAAUACAUGUCCUUCCAGAAGAAGCGCGUUGCAGAGGUUGAUGAUGACAGGUUGAAGUUUGAAAUUAGCACAAUUGUUGCUCGUGAGGGCAUUGAGAUGCACAUGAGUUCCGGAGUUGACAAGCCAGAGGAGGUCAAAUUUUCAGUGCCUCUAUUGGAUAUGAACAUAAAUAAGAUGGUGCCUGGGUGUCCCUGGAAACAUAAACAAAAGAUAUACUUGCAGGUUAUAUAUCCUGUUGAGAAAAAAUAUGUUUCCACUCCAUCAGCUCCUCGCUUGAAACUAGUAUCUACAACAGAGUUGAAGAGUAUAUUUUCCAUUGAUGAUGUGAAACUUCCUACAUGGUUGAAUGGGAUGUGCAUGGCUGAAUAUCUUCCCCAUCUUGAGGAAUCUCUUGAGAACCAGGUUUUGGAGGCAGUUUUCUUAAUUGAUGUUAGAAGGCGCUUUAUUGAGGCAUUAGCCCUUCAGUUUGGAAGACCGUUGGAAGCUGAUCCGGUAUUUUGCAGAAAGGCUACAUUUCUUGCUGCUUCUGGAGUUUUCACGUUCCUGGUUCAUGUUUUGAUUUCAACUCAGUUUCCAAAGCAACAGCCAGAGUUGAUGCUUCAAAGUUCGCAGCAUUUCAACUCCCAAGGUGCGCCAAUCAAGUCACUGUUUCUAACUGAAUACCCCUGGAGCCCAAGAUGGGAAAUACCAUUAAUGGCUGAGCGAAUUUGUGACUAUUUGACGGAUGAGGCUUUGAACUUCAAGAGGUACUGCCACGAACCUCAACUGCAACACUAGCAUGUCGUAGAAUGCCGCCGUUAAUGUUCGGUAUCCUUGCCGAUACAAAUUAAGUUGUGUAAAGUUGGUGCAUUGGAACUCUUUUGAUUCUUGGAUAUGAGCGUGGAUAAAAAAGAUUGUCACUUUUGUUAAUAACUGAGAAAUGAAACGAUGAUAGUUCUAAAUUAAUGCUUUGCA